UUCUCUGUUACGUCAUAAUUUAACUACACGUUUAGCUAUACCAUGUGUAGAUGAUACAGUGAUUCGUAGUUAUUUGAAUUCACCAAUAGUACGUCGAUUUAUUAAUGUCAAAUUAAAUUUACCAAAAGAAUGGGAUGUUUGCAGUGAUUUAGUGAAUACAAAUUAUGUUCGACUAUAUCUUGAUUUAACUGAACAAUAUAUGAAAUUACUUAAAUCAAAAAUUAAUGUAUUAAUAUACAAUGGUGAUAUUGAUAUGGCAUGUAAUUAUUUCGGUGAUGAAUGGUUUGUGGAUAAUUUAAACUUGACGACUACAUCUACACGUACACCAUGGUUAUAUAUUGAAAAAGAUGGUACAAAACAAAUUGGCGGUUAUUGGAAAGUCUUAUCAGCAAAUGUAUCAAAUCUGGUUUAUACUACUGUUCGAGGUGCAGGACAUAUGGUACCAGAAGAUAAACCUGCUGCAGCAUUUCAUAUGAUCAAUCGAUUUAUUAAUGCUAAAAUUGUUAUUCUUUUUUACCAGAAAAAUAUUUGGAUAGAUUUCAGAUAUAUUCCGAUUAGGAUGGGUCGCUGUUACCCUGAACUCAGUCAGGCAUUCAUUUGGAUUUAUACUAUUGAUGAAAAAAGUCGAAUCAGUUACAAAUUAUGGUCUAGUUCGAACGUGGUAUUGAACUCAGUGGGAACUGACCACUUAUCAUCUGGCUCAAUAAACUACCUCAGCUAUGAAGAUCCUGUCCCAUGGCCAUCAAAAAAUGUAGGAAAAUUAACAUAUAAGGCCAUCGAAAUUUCAGCUGAUAUACAUAAUGUUACGAAUUUCAAUAUAAUCGGAACGCGUCUUUUCAUUCCAGUAACUUGUGGUUUGCAAGUACGUUUUCGAUGUCAUUAUUUUUGA